AUGUCUCGCGCUUCCAAAUUGACAUUGGCCGCGACUGGUCUCGGUACGGCGGGGAUCAUCUACUUUGUUCACUGGGCACAGGAACAAGAGAAAAUUGGGAUGCACAAGGCGGUUGAGCUAGACAUGGAGAAACAGCGUAUCCGCAGGGAGCGACAGGCCGAGUUUGAGAUGCAAAGGGCGUUGGAAGAAGAGUACCGGAAGCUACAGAAGGUCUCGCCCAGCGUUGAUGAUCCAAGCGGAGGGAAGUCGAAUCAAGGACAAACAUCAUGA